AUGCUAAUACAAGUGAGUGAUUUAAAAGCCGUCUGUGAGUGGCUCGAGCAGAUAAAGAGGAUAGUGGCUGACCUCAAUGUCCGCAGAGAUGAUGCUGGAUCAGGUCGUGCUGUUAGCAGCCGUCACAGUGCUGGGGUUGCUGGAACAAGCGUACUUCUCUCUGAAGGUGAUCUACGCGCGAAGAAAGCACUCGGUCUCUCCGCCGGCCACUACCGGACCUCCGGAGUUUGAGAGGGUCUUUCGAGCCCAAGCAAACUGUUCAGAAUAUUUCCCUCUGUUCGUUUUCUCGCUUUGGCUGGCUGGAGUUUUCUUCAGUGAAGCACUGGCAGUGUUGUUCGGGCUGCUGUACCUUUAUGGACGGUAUCUGUACUUCCACGGCUAUGCAGCGUCUGCCCAGGGCAGACUGCAGCCUCUGUACUUCAGUGCAAAGAUGCAGUGGGUGCUGAUCGCUCUGGCCGGGCUGGGGGUCAUCUGCACCAUGACACAGGUCUAUCUGGGACUGGACCUGCUGCACAUCUUAGGUCAUCUUCUGGGCCUGACCGAACACACAUGAAGACAGAACAGCUGGACGCCUGAAGGUCAGAAGAACAGGAAAAGCUUUAGCACCUGCAAUAAAAAAAGUGACAAAAUACUAAUAUAUUACCUCUAAGGAAAGGUGUAAUAUGUAUUUAUAUAUAUGAAUGUAUGUAAAAUACAAGCCACUACAGGAAAGGCUCAGGUGUCCAUCACAUGAAAACACCUGCAGUGAACUCAUGCAAAACCGUCAGUUAUUCAAAUCUUUAAGAACUGUAUAGAAACCACUGUUAGUGUUUUUAAACAGCUGAAAUUAGGUUACAUGUUGUUAAGCUUAUAUUUCAACUAGAGGCUUUUAACUGAUUUUUGUAUUAAUAAUGUCCACCAAUGGAUAUAUGGAUCUCCCAGGAGAAUUCUGUUUUUUGAUGGUGAUGCAUUAGGUGCUUUUAAUAAAUUUGGUAGCUAAACCAUUUUAUGCAUCCCAGAUUAUAAUUAUAACGUUUCACUUUUAGAACUCGACUGGAAAAUAUGCAGAAUAAAAAUAUUUUAAUAAGUACAAUAAUAAUAAUAAUAAUAAGA